AUGGAGAAGAAACAGGAGGAGGAACCAAGAACACAAAACACAAAAUUUUCAGAUCAGAUGAUGAUUCCUUCAAGCUUUUCUAUGACAAAUAUGUUUGAUGAUUCCGGCAUGUCAUGUGAAUUUGAUCAAAGGGGCUCUUUAGGGUUCUUCGACGCUCAAGAUUUCACUAGCCAAUCUAUUUUCGAUUUGAUGCAAACACCCUUGCCACCACAGUUUAUGCAGCAGCCUCUACCAUCACCGGCGGCUGAGUCAUCUGAGGUGGUCCACACUCCGGUGACCCCGAAUUCAUCGUCUUUUUCUUCAUCGUCGAACGAAGCUGCUAAUGAUGAUCCACAGAUCAAAACUGCUGAAGAAGAAGAACAAGAUCAAGACAAGAAACAGUUAAAACCCAAAAAGAAGAACCAAAAAAGGCAAAGAGAACCCAGAUUUGCUUUCAUGACAAAGACUGAGGUUGAUAACUUGGACGAUGGCUAUAGAUGGAGAAAGUACGGCCAAAAAGCAGUGAAAAAUAGCCCUUUUCCAAGGAGCUACUACCGUUGCACUAAUUCCUCGUGUGGUGUAAAGAAAAGAGUUGAACGAUCAUCUGAGGAUUCAUCCAUAGUUGUCACAACCUAUGAGGGUACCCACACACACCCGUAUCCAAUGACACCUCGUGGAAGCUUUGGAAUCAUGCCGGAAACCGCCACUUUUGGUGUUGGUGGAGGCAGUGGUGGCGGUGGAGGAGGUACUUCCUCUUAUAUCAUCCCACCAGUGCAGCAUUAUCAACAACAACGACGAUCCUAUUACCAUAGCUUAAUGGCACCACCUUCGAUGAAUUUUAGCAAUAAUCCUAAUUCCUCAUUUCAUCGAGAAAGAGCAUUUCGUCCCUCUUCGUCUUCUUUGAUUAGAGAUGAUGGGCUUCUUCAAGAUAUGGUGCCAUCCCAGAUGCUCAAGGAUCCAAAGGAGGAGUAA